CACAUUAGAGAGAGAAAAACACACAAAAAUUAAACACAUUCACCAUGGCUCGUCCCAAGAACUCCUCCGGCAAUGGCGAGGUGGACGUCCAGAAGGUGGACAAGAUCGCCCCCGUCUACAACCUUGUCACCAAGCCGUCCAUGUACGCCGCCAGCCGGAGGGCGGCGACGGUGACGGCGAAGCCAAAGCCGCCGGCUACUCCUCAUGCCGGCGCCGCCGCCGCCGUCUUCUCCGGGAGGACGCCGGCGCCGGCGAGCUGGCUGCAGCCGCACGGAGGAGCCGUCACCAAGGAGUACAUCAGCAAGUACAUCGAGGACAAGAAGAGGCAGUUCAAUCAAGGCGACGAAUGAGCGAGCAGCAGUUUAAUUUCUUGAGCUGAUCGAUCAUGUAAUGCUUCGUAUGCUGCUAUAUCUUAAACAUAUAUGAUUUAGGAUGAUCUGGUCUACUUAAUUAGUAUGUUGUAUUAAUUAGAAUGCGUAUGUGUAAGUAUCCCUUGAGAGAUGAGCUGAUCAAUAUAUAUGUAUGAUAUCUAGCUUCCAGAGUUGUUCAAA